AAAAAAUAGGUGAAAGUGUGGAUGGUCGUUUCUGAGUCUUCUCAGCAAGGCGUCAAUUUAUAGAAAAGCAUACAUUCUCUGAACCCUACCAUCCACAUCCCUACAACAUGAUUCCAAGAGCACCCACUUCGGUGCUCUCCGGCAAUGGAUCACGCAAAUCUGGCAUCUCUUUAUCAUUAAAUGGAAGUCCAGCACACGGACCUGGAUCAGCAUUGGGAACUUUGCGUGAACGAUUGGCAGCAAGAUCAAGAGUAACAAAUCUUGGGAUAGCGUUACUUUUGGGUAUCGCAAGUAUGUCAAUUUUGAUGAAUAUGCGAUUUCUCUUGUUUGGCAAAAGUUACAUUCCUCCGCCUGGCUUUGCUACUUGGCAAUCGUUCCAUGGACUAACACCUUCGAUGUUAAGCGAUUCCAUUCCAAGUCCGCCAAAAGGUGUAGAUAAAUUGAAUCAUAUGGUAUUGGUGCCCGGUCAUGCAAUUUGGGCAGGAAAUGACUUUAAAGAUCGAUUCAACGAUGAGAACUGGAUCUUGGAACCAUACCAGAGAGGUGGAAGCGUGAAGACAUUUUGGAAGCACAUUCAAAAAGGUGUGGAAAUUGCUGAUGCUGAUCCAACUGCCUUGCUAAUUUUCAGCGGAGGACAAACAAGAACUACAUCAUUGCAAACAGAGGCGGAAAGUUUACUGGCAUUGGCAAUUUCUUCGGAUCUUUCUUUGCCCGUCUUGCCAGGAUUCAACUUUACCGAACGAGUGGAAAGCCACAACAAGAUUACAGCAUCGCAUGAUGAAAUCUUGGGCAGAGUGGGAGCAAAAGCACAAUCGAAUGCAGGAGUAGCAGCAUCUCCUGGUUUGGUAGGUGUUCGGAUGACGACAGAGAAUUUCGCCUUGGACUCAUUCGAGAAUCUGUUGUUCAGCAUUGCACGUUUCCGUGAAUUUACAGGACGAUAUCCACAACGGAUUACGAUUGUGGGAUAUGGAAUGAAGAAAGCACGCUUUGAUGAAUUGCACAGUAAAGCAGUUCGUUGGCCAGUAAAAGGAUACUUACGCGGACAACGUAAAUACUUGUACGUUCCAUUUGACGAUGAAGGUGAUAAUACGGCACAGUACGAAGGAGAGAAGCUAAAAGGAUACACAUUAUUCGAACGGGACAUGUAUGGAUGUCAUGGCAAAUUACGACAAAAGAGAUUGGAACGUAAUCCUACAAGAAGGUUUCAUCCUUACUUUUCUUCUGCGCCGGAGAUUGCCGAUAUAUUGAAUUGGUGUCCUGCUGAUCAAUCUGGCUUGCAAGGCGUUUAUCCUUUAAGUUUACCAUGGGAUUUACGUAUUACCACUGAUGGAUGGGGAAGAGGUGCAAAACAAUACCGCGAACAACAUCGAAAUGAGAUCAUACCUGAUUCUCGAUGGCUAGAAGUUCAUGCUGAUAGACCUUGAUCUCUUUUUCACUAUUUGCAUUUUAUCAUCUUUCGAGUUUACCUUUUUUUUUCUCCGUCCACCACUUUCAUUUUUCCAUUAAUGUUUUUGUAAACUACCUUUUUUCUGUGUGUGUGGCAGAAUUCCAUUUGUUGUAAACGCACACUACAGUCCGUUUGCCUGCUUUGUAUAGUGUGCUGUGCAUGCAAAGCAAUAAAAGUGACCGCGGCCUUUUUCUCUUUCGCGGCGCAGAAAUGCCAAUCCUGGGGUAGAAGAGGAGCAAUUAGCGUUGCGCAAGUGUGUGUAUGUGGGUCCUAAUGCGUGCGGAAAUGAAGCCCCGCGAUUAGGUUCAACACGGACAACAAUGGCAACAACACGGCUGGCUGAUGAUUGUCUUGACAGAUUCUAUGGUCAAUUGAUUUGGUCAAAAAUAAUUACUUUUUUAAUAAAGCAGGGACACCAAAAUGAACUUUUA